AUGGAUAUAGACGAGAAGGUAUCAGGUCCUGGCGGUGCGUCUCAGAAGAACUGGACGCACCUCAACACCAGCGAUGAGUUGCCCUUAGACAUGCGUUUCAAUCAUGGCCAUAUGGUCUCAAUUACGGUAUACAGUGUGCUGAUGAUGGUAUCAGCAACUGGCAACUUGACAGUGUUGUCGCAGCUUGUUAAGAGAAGAAGAGCUGGUAGAGCCAGCAGGCUGGAUGUCCUGCUGAUGCAUUUGGCUGUUGCCGACCUUAUGGUAACAUUCCUCAUGAUGCCACUGGAGAUCGCGUGGGCUGGCACCGUGCAGUGGCUUGCUGGAGACAUUAUGUGCCGCUUCAUGAUGUUUACGAGAACAUUCGGGCUGUACCUCUCCAGUUUCGUACUCAUAUGUAUCGCUAUUGAUAGAUACUAUGCCAUACUGAAACCUCUGAAUGUAACAUGGGAAGCUCGGGUGCGUCGGGCCCUACUCAUCGCCUGGGUAUGCGCAGGAUUAGCCAGCCUGCCACAAAGUUUUAUAUUCCAUUUAGAGGAACAUCCUGAUGUCAAAGGGUAUUACCAAUGUGUGACAUAUGGAUCUCUUCCAACAGAACGCCAUGAGUUUGCCUACUUCCUUCUUAACAUGGCACUCAUGUAUGUAGCUCCUCUGCUUUUUACUCUGUACUGCUCUUCAGCCGCCUUAUUGGAGAUCAUUCGCAGGGCUAACACAGCUAAUGAUAAAAUGCGACGCAGCGGUGUUGGAAUUCUUGGAAGGGCCAGAGCGCGUACACUUAAGAUGUCUGUUACAAUCGUACUUGUAUUCUUCACUUGUUGGUCGCCAUACUACUGCUAUUGCUUGUGGUAUUGGAUAGAUAAAGAUAUAGUAAACCACCUGGAUCCAGCAUUCCAGAAAGCCAUGUGGUUAUUUUCCUGUACAAAUUCGUGCGCGAACCCUAUUGUCUAUGGUGUGUUUAAUAGAAACCGCUGGACUUGGCGAAGCGGCCCUCAUGCCCGUAAUCGAGGUGGUUGCAUGAGACGAGGUUCUCGAUUCCCUCACGGUGACUCCAUGGAAAUAUCUGCUGCUACCCUCGCCAGAGCCCGAUACUCACUUCAUAGCGAUAGACAUAGCCGACGAGACUCCGCGCGGAGUUUUGUGAUACCAAACGGCUCCCAGAAACAUAUAAAUAACAAUGACCAGAUAAAUGGCGUUGUUUAA